AUGGCUUCCCCUAAGCUUCUCCUCCUGCUGGCCACCCUCCUCCCGAGCUGCGGCCUCCUCGUCGCCGACUUCGCGCCGAUGACCCUCACCGUGGUGAACAACUGCGCGUACCCGAUCUGGCCGGGCAUCCAGGGGAGCGCCGGCAGCGAGGUCCUGGAGGGGGGCGGCUUCUUCCUCCCGUCGCUCUCCCACCGCUCCUUCCCGGCGCCCGCCCACGCCUGGUCCGGCCGCGUCUGGGCGCGCACCGGCUGCGCGCCCUCCGCCGCCGGGGCCGGCCAGCUCCGCUGCGCCACGGGCGACUGCGGCGGGCGGCUCCAGUGCGGGGGCCUCGGCGGCGCGGCGCCCGCCACGCUGGCGCAGGUCUCCCUCCACCACGGCGGCGACGACCAGUCGUCCUAUGGCGUGAGCGUGGUGGACGGCUUCAACGUGGGGCUGUCGGUCACCCCGCACGAGGGACGCGGCAACUGCCCCGUCCUCGCCUGCCGCAAGGACCUCACGCAGACCUGCCCCGGCGAGCUGCAGGUGCCCGGCGGCGGCGGCGGCGUGGCCGCGUGCAAGAGCGGCUGCCUGGCGUUCGGCACCGACGAGCUGUGCUGCCGCGGCGCGUACAACAGCCCCGCCGCCUGCCGCCCCUCCAGGUACUCGGACUUCUUCAAGAGCGAGUGCCCGCAGGCCUUCACCUACGCGCACGACAGCCCCUCCCUCACCCACCAGUGCUCCGCGCCGCGCGAGCUCAAGGUCAUCUUCUGCCACUAG